GCUCGACUCGCCCUGCUUCCUGACAGCACGAUCGGAACCACGAUCACGCCUCGCAUCCCAGAAGCUCACUUGCACUAUCGAGAUCAUGUCCCUCAGUCAAGGAAAGGCGGCGCUCACUCAUGCCCGGGUAUGGCACCUGGUGGAUGCCAAGGGAAAGGGCCUCGGCCGAAUCGCACAGAGAAUCUCGAUCGCGCUUCGCGGAAAGUACAAGCCCUUCUAUGAUCCUGCAGUCGAUAGCGGAGACUAUGUAGUUGUGGUUAACGCCCGCCACAUCGAGCUGGCCGGCAACAAGCGAGAAACCAAGACGUACUUUUGGCACAGCGGACACCCUGGAGGCGUGACGACCAAGAGCUACAAGGACUUUUCUGCCGACCACCCCAACGGCCCACUGAAGAAAGCGAUCUACGGCAUGCUGCCCAAGAACAGACUGCGUCCGCAUCAGUUCAAGCGGCUGUUUGUCUUUGCCGACGACGACCACCCUUACGACGCCAACAUCUUCCGGGAUUACGAAAAGGAGGCCUUCGAGAAGGCUCUGAGCGAGUUCCAGAAUAGCACCCCGAAAUCAGAGCAGUCGUCUUCAUAGAGCGAUAGGAUCCUUCUUGUUUGGGCCAAGAAGUAGCCGAAUGCCAACUCACUCCCCCUCCUCCCUACCUUUGACCGCCUCCGCCCACAUGGACACCCCUCACCUUCCAGUUUUCUCACCACGAUCGACCCCCGACUGAAUGCGGCAUUUGUGCACUGAUAUAUGAAGCGGCAGCGUCGCACGGUCGAGUUUAGUAUCGAAGGUGUGGCAGAUCCACAGUCCUCCCCCCCCCUCCACUUAUCUUCGCUCGCUGGUUUGUCGGUCUUGGUACCUGCAGUCAGCAACACGCAUGUUUCGAAUACAGCAUUCUUGAGAACAAACAUGGGCCGGAU